GUGCUGAAUAAAUUAACACAACUACUGACCUCAUUUCCUCAUUGAUUAUAAGCUUGAGCUUUACUUAGUUCCACAAAAAAAAAAACUGUUGACAAAAAAAACUCAGAUCUUCAAGCUGCCAGAGCACUGAAAAAGGAAGCAAAGCAAUGGUCUUGGAGCUUCUCACAAUGGCUGCUCACCGCGUGGGGCGAUGCAUGCUCCUGCAACCACCGCGCCUCGCCACCUGCGUCCUCUUCCUCCUGCUACCGCUGCUGCUGCCGUGCUCGGCGUCGUCGUCGGUGAUCACCCACCUCCCGGGCUUCCACGGCCGCUUGCCGUUCCACCUUGAGACCGGGUAUGUUGGUGUGGACGAGGAGACGGGCACUGAGCUCUUCUACUACUUCGUUGAAUCGGAGAGGAGCCCAAGUACAGGCCCUGUGAUCCUCUGGUUGACAGGCGGGCCUGGCUGCUCCGGAUUCAGCGGUGUCGUCUUUGAAGUAGGACCUAUGAAAUACGUGUUGGAGCCUUAUAAUGGUAGUUUGCCACGAUUGGUUUAUAAUCAGUAUUCAUGGACACAGAUGGCAAGCAUCCUCUUCUUGGACACUCCUGUUGGUUCUGGUUUCUCAUACGCUCAUGAUCCUAAAGGUUAUAAUGUCGGGGACAUAUCAUCGUCUUUGCAAGUCGUAACAUUUCUGAAGAAGUGGUUCAAUGAUCACCCACGCUAUCUCUCAAAUCAUUUCUAUGUUGGAGGAAGCUCAUACGCUGGAAAGGUGAUUCCAAUUAUCAUGAAGUUCAUUUCAGAAGGAAUUGAACAAAGGCAGCAGCCAUUGGUUAAUCUUAAGUUACAGGGGUAUAUAGUUGGCAACCCCAUUACAGGCUCGAAGAUUGAUGAUAAUUUCAAAAUUCCAUAUUCUCAUGGUGUUGGGAUCAUAUCUGAUCAAUUAUACGAGGCUGCAGUAGCAAACUGCAAUGGAGAUUAUGUGACCACAACAAAUGAAUUAUGUGCUAAGGCCCUAAAUGCUAUUGAUAAUCUCAUGUCUGAAGUUGAUUAUGGAAAUAUCUUGGAUGAUAAAUGUGUUCGUGCUACACCAAAACCCAUAAAUGAAGUUUCAAGAAGUAGGAGUCUGCAAGAAGAUUACAUUCGGCUAAGUGAGCCGACUGUUCGACCUACUAUCAAUUGUUUUUCAUACCGUUACUAUCUAUCAUUCUUGUGGAUGAACAACAAUUUGACUAGAGAAGCUCUUAAGAUCAAGAAGGGAACAGUCGGCGAAUGGAUAAGAUGCAAGACAGGGCUACCCUAUGUUCAAGAUGUCGCAAGCAGCAUCAAGUAUCAUUUUGACCUCACCACAGGAGGUUACCGGGCACUUGUGUUCAGUGGUGACCAUGAUCUCAUAUUGCCAUUUCUGAGCACCCAGGCAUGGAUAAGAUCCUUGAACUUCUCCAUAGUUGAUGAGUGGAGAGCAUGGCAUGUGGAUGGCCAGGCUGCAGGAUUUACAAUUUUGUACGCCAACAACUUGACCUUUGCCACAGUAAAGGGUGGUGGCCAUACCUCUAUAGAAACCAAUCCUAAACAAGGUUUUGCCAUGGGCAAACGUUGGCUAGAUAAUAAGCCUCUGUGAUGUUCACCUGCUUUGACCCAACCUGUAUACUCGUGCAACUGGUAUUGUUUGUAUGAAGAACUACUUUAUCUCCCAUGUUUUCCAACAACGAAUAGAAGACAAGAUAAAUACUCCGCCAAAUAGAGGGUCCAGUACUGACCAAAUUGAAAAAUGGAGAGAAAAAAAAUCCUGAUCAGUUGUAGAAGUACUAGCUCGGGUUGCUACUACAACUUUGGGAUGCAAAAUGCAAAUGCACCCGGUCAAACCACUUUGACCACACGAGGUUUUUACCCACUAA